AUGAAGGCGGCGGAGAGCCCUCUCGAUGAGCCCUUCCUUGUCCCGGGCAAAGAUGAGGAGCAGCGCGGCAGCGGCGGCGGCGCCGACGACGUCGACAACAUGGAGGCGCAGCUCCUCCUCCAUCACGACACGGGCGCCUCCUUCUGGCGGAGCUGCCUCAACCUCAGCAACGUCAUCUCAGGUACGAUUACGACCGCGUCGGGUUGUUGUCCGUGCCGUACGCUCAGCCUGGCGCUCUUCGCCGUCGUCGGCGCCGUCUGCUACUACACCGGCGAGCUCAUCGCCCGCUGCAUGCGCGCCGGCGGCGACGCCGUCAGGAGCUACCCGGACAUCGGCCAUCUCGUGUUCGGGUGGCCGGGCCGGAAGACCAUCGGCGACGUCAUGUACGGCGAGCUCUACCUGGUCGCCAUCAGCUUCCUCAUCCUCGAGGGCGACAACCUCGACAAGCUGCUCCCCGGCACGGCCGUCGGCCUCCCUGGCGGCUACGUCCUGCGGGGGAAGCAGCUGUUCACGCUCGUGGCGGCCGUGGUCAUACUCCCGACUACGUGGCUCCGGGACCUCUGCGUGCUCGCCUACGUGUCGGCGGUCGGGCUCGUCGCGUCGGUGGCCCUCACGGCGUCCCUGGUCUGGGCCGGCGUGGCCGAGCACGGCUUCCAUGCCGCCAAGGAUGCCAAUGUCUUUAGCCUCGCCGAGCUGCCCACUUCCCUCAGCUUAUAUUUCGUCUGCUUCGCCGGCCACGGCGUCUUCCCCACGGUGUACACCUCCAUGAGCAACAGGAAUGACUUCACCAAAGUCCUCCUGGCCUCCUCGGUGCUCUGCAGCCUCAACUACGCGCUGACGGCGGUUCUAGGGUACAUGAUCUACGUGGACGACGUGAAGUCGCUGGUGACGCUGAACCUCCCGUCGGGGAAGGUGUACACGAGGAUCGCCAUCCUGACGACCCUGAUCACCCCGCUGGCCAAGGCGGCCAUCAGCACCGCCGUCGUUGUCAGCACGGUGGUGGCGGCGUGCACGGUGCCCUUCUUCGGCUACCUCAUGUCCUUCAUCGGCUCCUCUCUCAACGUCACCGUCGUCGUCCUGUUCCCGUGCCUGAGCUACCUCAGGAUCGGAGAGGUUCGCCGUGCCGAGGCCGCGGGGAUCGUCGCCAUACUGGUGGUCGGAGUGUGUGUCGCCGUCCUAGGAACUUACUCCUCCCUGCACCAGAUUGUGAGCACAUUUUUUUAG